GCGGAAGAUUUAUAAAAUAGAUCCAAACUUAUUUAAUGCCCUUAAUGUCCCGAUUCAGAGAGACUUGGCUUAAAACGUUGCGAAGGAAUUACAAAAUAAGGGCAUUGUCGGAUCCAGAUGUAGGGUGGGGGCUUGUGGACACGUUGCUAAGCAACAGUAAAGUAAAAGCAAAAGAAACCAAAAGCCAAUUUAUUAAAGUUUUGUAAUGGCAGAUGAGUUGCAAAAAGCACAUUUAUAUUAUGACGACAUCAAUAAGAUAAGGAUAUUAGAGCAAGAUGUUCUUAAGGAUACUGAAGAUCUGCGGGAUACAUGUAAAGAAUAUGAAACCAAGGUGAAGGAUUUUGGAAAAAUAAUAAAUACAUUGUUGGAAACGCUUAAAGAGUUGGGAGAGAACGUCGAGAAACAGAAAAUGGCAGCAAUAGGAAGUAUGAAUCUCUUGAAGUCCAUAACAAAGCAAAGAGAAAACGAUCAAGCUAAAUUACAGAGUGAGAUAAGUGAAAGGUCCAUGCUAUUAGAACAGCUGGAUGCAGAAUAUGAUUCUUUACAAAUAUUAGAAGCAAGUCAAAUGGAAACCAUAGAAUAUUUGACAGCACUUCGAUAGCUCCUGGGUAUGGUGAUUAUCAUCGACAUUUCUAAAACUUACCACUGUUAGAUUAAAAAUUGUAUGCACUGAAAGUUGUUUUACCAAUAAGCCUAAAUUAAAUAUACUGAGGUAGUAUAUUUUUCUAUGAUAUGAUAUAUCCACUUAAAGAAAACUAUAUUAGUCAGUAAAAAUGUAAUUUUCAUUUAAACACACCAAAUAAAGACAGUUCUAUAAUAAAAUCAGUUUUGCAGACAACCAAACUUAGAUUGGACUAUUUUUAAGAACAUAACAUAAGCAUUUAAGUGUAACCAUGAUUUCCUUACUUUUUACCAGAAGUUGACUAAAAAUUGGAGAAAUACAAUUUUACAAACCUGUGAUUACAAAAAUAUAACUACGUACUUAUUCUACACAGUAACAGAUAAAUAAUUGAAUAUAGCGUUUUAUUUACGAAACCACUUUUGAAUAUUGUAGGAACACUGACAUAAUAUCACCAAAUAGAUGUUUUUCUUUUAUGUCAACUGAAAAGGAAAAUACGUAGCACUUACAAUUUAAAUAUUGAUAUUAUCGUUUUUGUAUAAUAUUUAAAGUGAUUCUCGUGUUUUUUAUCUGUCAGACACUAAUUAUUGUGACUAAAAUAUAAAGAUCAAUGCCACUUUUGGACAAAACACUAAACAAAACUCUGUAAGAAUUGUUUCUAAAUAUGUACUAAAAAUUAGGUGGUAUUUAAUAAUGAUUUCGUAAAUUUACAUUUACAACUUAUAACUAAAUACUAACGCAGACAAGUCAGUUCGAAAAUUCUAUACUUCCCAAUGUUCUGCAUGUAUAUUUUAUACUUAAUUUAUAAACUUGAAACAUCUCAUCACCUUCUUAUUACAAAUAAGGCUACUUUAGGCAAAUUAUCUUUAAAUCACAAGGACUUUGUCACCUUUUAAACUGAGAAUUGGAUCAAUUCGAUUUUCCACUGGCACUAAAAAUCAUUUAUCCACUAAUUAAUCAUGGGCCUUGUUUUAAGAUUGUUUGCUAAAUCCCAGAGUCCGUAAGUUAGCACUCUAUUCUAUUAGUUUCAUAUCCCAAUAUAGAGAUAAGAAUUAAGGAUACAUGUCAUAAUUAUUAAGAUAGAAAUAAAUGAAUUAACAUACUUAUAUAGUCUCCAUUUUUCUUUGAGAUUUUAUGUAAACAAACCUAUAAUUAAACGCCUAAUACGUGCAAUUUUUUCAUAAACAAAACUAUAUUCAUAUUGCUUAGCGCGACGAAUACGACAGUUUUUUAUAUACUAAUUUAUUUGUCUGAAUACACACUCUGUAAUUCUAUCAAAAAAACAUUAGAUUAAGAUGAUUGAAUGAUUCAAAAUAUGACUAUUUCUGAAUGAUCAAAAAGGAAUAAAAAAUUGUAUAUUUUGGCAAAUUGGUUUAUUCCUUUCUUAAAUAUAAUUUAUAAGUUACAUAUAUGUAUAAAAAUUGCUUUUAAAUAUUAUUUGUAGCAUGUUACGUAGGAAUAACAUUCAUGAUGUAUGAAGAUCAGGAGAUUGUCAUUUAAAGCUAAAAUUUUACUGAAUUUUGUAUUAGAUUGGAAAAAACAAAAAUAAAUAAUUAAGCUUUUCAUUUCAUGAACUUUGGUAUUGUCAUUCAAUUUUUAUGUUUUUUUUUGACUUUUACAAUAACAUUCUAUAGCAUUACUAUACAAUUAGUAGUUGUAUGAUAAUGCUAGGGGAAAUUCUCAGUUUACAUAAAAUCUCAUGAUAAAUGUCACAUGUCUUUUGAGAAGAAUCAAAUUAAAGUGAAGAGUAAUCAAUGGCCUGCAUUAGAGAUGACAAUGUUAUCCAUAAAGUCUUAUUGACACAUAUGUGUAAGUCGUAAACACUGUUUCCCUAGUCAAA